AUGUCCUACCUCCACCUAAGUUUCUACUCAGCCUUCACCCUAAGCAGCCUAGGCUUAGCCUUCCACCGAACCCACCUAAUCUCAGCCCUACUAUGCCUAGAGAGCAUGAUACUAUCCAUAUACGUUGCCCUAGCCAUAUGACCAAUCCAAAUACAAUCAUCAUCAUCCACCAUUAUCCCUAUUAUCAUAUUAACAUUCUCUGCUUGCGAGGCAGGAACAGGCCUCGCCCUACUAGUAGCCUCCACCCGAACCCACGGCUCUGACUACCUACACAACUUCAACCUACUACGAUGCUAA